UCAACCCCGGAGACGCUUGGCAACAGUUGCUAAGGCCAGGAGCCGGCGCCGCCCCGCCCAGCCGAGCGCGAGUGUGGACGUCACUUCCGCCGGCGACCCCCUCCUGACCCUGCUCCCCCAGCACCUUGUCUAGGGAUCCGAGCGCCCAAGGAGGUGCACAAACUACGCCAGCUCCCUUUUGGGGGCGGUGGCCUGGGGGCUGCCAUGGCCCCCAGCCACCUGUCAGUGCGGGAGAUGAGGGAGGAUGAGAAAGCCCUGGUGCUGGAGAUGCUCAAGGUGAGAGAGGCUGGCGUAAAGGACACGGAGAACCGUGUGGCCCUCCAUGCUUUGACACGGCCCCCGGCCCUUCUUCUCCUGGCGGCAGCCAGCAGCGGCCUGCGCUUCGUCCUGGCCUCCUUCGCCCUGGCCCUCCUGCUGCCUGUGUUCCUGGCUGUGGCCGCAGUGAAGCUAGGCCUGCGAGCCUGGUGGGGCUCCUUGCCUCCUCCCGGAGGCCUGGGGGGGCCCUGGGUGGCCGUGAGGGGCUCUGGCGAUGUGUGUGGAGUCCUGGCCCUGGCCCCUGGCACCAGUGCGGGGGAUGGAGCCCGCGUCACCCGCCUCUCUGUCUCACGCUGGCACCGCCGCAGGGGAGUGGGUAGGAGGCUCCUAGCCUUUGCGGAGUCUCGGGCCCGAGCCUGGGCAGGGGGCAUGGGGGAGCCCCGGGCCCGGCUUGUGGUCCCCGUGGCCGUGGCUGCCUGGGGGGUGGCGGGGCUGCUGGAGGGCUGUGGCUACCAGGCCGAGGGGGGCUGGGGCUGCAUGGGCUACACACUGGUGAGGGAGUUCAGCAAAGACCUGUGACUGCAGACCUGGGGCAGGGGGACGCCAGCACCCAGCGCUCCUGCUGUGCCYGGGCACUGUCACAACAUGCCCCGGUGACCCCAGCACACCUGUGCCCCAGCGAGGACUGCAGACCUAGACACCACUCCUCCACCUGCCGCCAGCCUGCAGUGUCCAGUGUGGAACAAACUCCUCUCCCCUUUGGCUACGAGGGCCAUCAGAGGUCAAGCCCCUGCCUCAGAUUCUGUCUGCACUGAGAAUCUCCCUGCUUUGUCUGCAGAGCUGUGCUGUCUGUGCUGCUGGCCCUGGGGAAGCUCUGGGGAGGGACGGAGCGGCCGCCAGCUCUCCCUGAGCUAGGACUUGAGGCAGGGUGCCUGGGACAAGGCCUCCCUGGGAGUGGGCGGGGCUGGUGGGCACAGCUCCUGUGCRUCUGGUCCUUACAGUGUGUCAAUAAAGCCUGAGACUGCUGUGUGCGGCCUCGUCCUGA